GGUUAAGUUGACAUCCCUGAAUAGUUGCAAACCCUCUGCUUGAUCACCUUAACUAAUAAGCCUUUCAAGAAAAUCUCCGAUCCCCGCCGGCCACUCUCCUGCUAAGAGAUAUGGAAGAUUUGAGAGAAGCCGCACGAUAUUACUUGGAAAGAGGGUCCGAGGAGUAUAAGCAGCGGGCACGCAGAGCUAUGGGCUGCGGAGAAUCCUUGGAGGAAUUCUACGUACGAGAGACGAAGAGACGCAUACGUAGGUGCGAUGUUUGCGCGAAGCUUCUGGUUGGUUUCUACUUGUGUUGCACCAAAUGUGAGUUAUACAAGGGGUGUAACUACAACCUCUGCGUCAAGUGUUUCUAUGGCAGAACAUUCCAACACAAUCAUGACUCCUUUGCUGACAACCAUAGUGUAUUAAUGAUGCAUAACGAGGGCCGUGGGGAACCCACCUGUGUUAUUGAAAAGGACAAGGGAAAAGGCAAGGAAGAUUCCAACUCCAUACGCCAUCUUUCAAGUUCAAAAAAUUCAAGUAGUUAUUCCAACUCGAUACGCCACGUUUCAAGUAGUCAUUCCAACUCGAUACGUCAUGUUUCAAGUUCAACAGGCUCAAGUCAUUCUAACUCAUUACGCCGCAAUAUUCCAAGUUCAACGGGCUCAAGUUAUUCUAACUCAUUACGCCACAAUAUUCCAGAUUCAAUAGACUCCCGUCAUUCCAAAUCAAUAAUUCCCGUUCCAAAUUUAAGAGACUCAAGUCAUUCCAACUCAAUAACCAGCCUUUCGGUGAGGACGAAGAUUAUGAUAGAUAAAGAAGGUAUAGUGAAGUUGGCAUAUAUCGCACAGGCUCACUACAAUGCGGCCCCUCAGAAAAUCAGGGAGUCUGCAGAUAAGUUCUUCUGGAGUAUGGUGAAGCAGAGAGGAAAAACCACGGUAGCCAUGGAAGAUUUCGUGGAAUCCAUGAAAGAAAAGAGGUACCCAGAAUAUGCCCACCCGGAGCUUUUCAAAAUGCUAGUGAAGGAUAGAAAUGUGGGGAUGAGUAUGACGGAAUCCAGGACUUUAUACUACAUUGUUCUGACUGGAAAGCCGUUCUGCAGCUGGUGUAAUUGCUUCAUCCCUGACCUAUAUUUCUGCUGCUCUAAAUGCUCCGCCCGCUCUUACGCUCUGUGCCUCCAUUGUUACUCCACCAAAGCCUAUGUUAACCAUAGGCACUACAGGGACCAUGAUGUCUUCUUCUUGGAUUACUCUGUACUGCACACCACCAUCAAAGAUACCUCUGCUGCAUCACAUCCGGAGGGGAGAGGAUCCUCCAAGGCAAUUGUGGAAAGGAAUCGGGGUGAUAAACUGGUGGCUGGAUGGAAUGUAUGUAAGACAAUACUCAAUGCCGGCGGCACGGUUCUAUCAAUUGCCAGUACUCUUGGUGCUUGCACCAUCAUGUGAUGUAUACCCAUUCAUCCCCAAUUUCCGGUGGCUUCCACUACCUUUCAUGGCGGCAACCACCAGAUUCUUUUUCAUUAAUUCCAAGGCAUUCAAUGGUUGGUCGGCUAGGCAAUUGGGCACUAAGCACUGUCAGUCAAGAAGGACGAGCUUCUUCAGAAGCUCAACGAUGCGAAAAGCAGCGAGGAAGUUUCCGGCUGUGGGUUUUCGUCCCCACAACCGGAAACCAUCUCUGGUGGCUGAGAUCCGCCAGAUCUGCCAUCGGAG